AUGGACUCUCAUACCUCUGCGACACCUCUUAAGCGAUCACAUUCGCAUGACCAAGAUGUGCUUCAGGCCCCAUCUCCGCCUGACCAAACCAAACGCUCUCGUACGAAUCAACGUCCAGAGCUGGCUGAUGCCUUUCUUGAAUGUCUAUCAUCGUCUGACUUGAUCCAUAUUAUUCGUCAGCUCGAGCAGCUUCUCCAAGAUACCCCUUACUUGGCCGAUGCAUACGCCCUUAUAUACCCUGAGAACCUGGAGGAGCAUACAUCAUUGCGACAACAGGCCUCGGCCCCCACCAUACCGACUACACAGCCUCUGUUGCGCACGUUAUCCGAACCACCGUCUCAUGAGCCCGAGACGUCCUCGGCUUCCAUGGUCCCAGCGCCUUCAUUAAGCACACAUACCCCGCAUAUCUCUUCUCCGCUCGCGUCGCAGCCUGUGCAGACGCAAACGUCGCCACCGUCGACGCUGUUGACAACAGCAAGUCCAUUGCCGAGUCGUCUUUAUACGCCCUCCAUCCCAGCGUCUGUAUCGGACACGACGACACCAUCUCUCACGACCGAGUCUCUAGUCACACCGUCUGGCACUGAGCCAGAGUCUGCGUCGAACAACAGCAAUAUUUCGUCAAGAAUCGCGGCUAUCCUAGAGUCGAUUCAGAAUACCAACUCGUCGGGACCGAUGUUGGGAUUGCAGGGUCAGCCCCUGGCCCCAUCGAAGCAGGGUGCUGGGACGGGUGUAUCCAAUGGUUUAUCGUCACUCCUAAGCAAUUCGUUUCCACACUCUAGCACCCGUAUGCCGGCCAACUCUGCCCUCUCACGCUUGCUGGAGCAGUCUUCGACAUCUGCAACACCACCAGCUUCUACCGCACUGAGUACCUCGUCGGCCUCUUCGUCCGUUUUGGGCAAUUUGGCGUCCCGCGCGGGUUUUUCGACGACGCCAUCACUGGAUUACACAAGUUUCUCGCACCCAACGACCUCUGUGACGAGCAGUGCGGCGACAAGCUCACCACUGUCACCCUUCACGUCGACAUACGGCCUGCAUGAUAGCCACUCUGACGAAGGAAACGCGCCACAACGUGAGUCACCGCGUAUCACGAGCACACUGCCGUCGUACGAGGAUAUGAUUAUUGAGGGUCUCCAGGUCAUUGGCGAUGUAAAUGGCACACCACCACGUAUGCUCUUCCAUUGGAUGGAGGACACCUACCCUCUCAUGAAGAACUUCCGUCCCUCAGCAAGUCAGGCGCUUCAAAAAGCCUUCAAGCGUGGCCGACUGCACAAGGCCGGUAGCCUUUACCGCAUCAAUCCGCACUGGGAUGGUAGUAACGCUGGUCGAAAGCCGACGAGGCGUCCGCAAAUCGGAAAGGACCAUCCCAUGAUGGUCAAUGGACCAAAAGGACCUGCUCCCGCUAGUCCGUUUAAAGCGCGUGCUCAGUUUGAAGGCGCAGCUGCAUACCGCCAGUCGUCUGUGCACCUGAACAAACACCGUAAUUUGCGGCAUCCCUCGAGUUUGCGUCCUGGGCCCAAGCCGUAUGGCCAACCAGGUGCGGCUCCUCUGGAUAAUCCUGCAAGCAGUAUUUUUCAGAAUGGCGCGGCAGCAGCAGCUUUACUUUUGGCUCAUCAGCAGCGCACUCGCGACAGCAAUGGCAACAGCUCGGGUCUGCCGACAUCCACUCAGGACCUUACGCCGACACUUACCUCGCUUGUGAAGCAACUACGUGGCUCUUCUGCCACACCCGUGUCUGAUGGUCCAGGCUCCUCGUCCCUGUCUAGUGUUCUGGCCUCGGCUCUCUUGAAACAUGCACAGCGCCCUUCUGAUGGCAGUGCUGCCGUGUCUGAUCCCAGUAUGCUCACGCCACUCACGAAUUCGCUUACAUCAACAUCGUCACCUGUGCUGCAGUCGCUUUCGCGUCUGUUGAGCGCAUCACGCACUGACCCGACCAGUAGUGAGACUGGUGAUGCGACUACCAAGCCGACGUCUGUACCAUACAGCACAUCGCCUGCAUCAUCGUUGCCCGCGUCAGGACCUGGCUCGCUAUCUGCUUCGAUCGAGACUCUGGUUCGACAAGCCACACGAACGGCAACGCAGCAGGCGGAGAGCUCGCCAUCAUCUGCCGUCACGACUGGACCUCUGCCCUCAGAGCCGUCAACCAGCACUGCGCCACAGCUGCCUACGCCAUCGACGUCGCAAUCUGACUUGGAUGCGGCUGUAUCACAGACUCUUCAAGCCGCUUUUCAGCAGCUUGGACCGGACAAAACAGCGACAUCUAUGGACUCUGGGGAUGCGAUGCCCGACUCAAAUGCCGCGUCUGCAUUGGAAGGCAUCGAUACAUCCGAGCUGGAUGGUAUUAACCUUGAUGACUAUGGUGAUGCGCUACGUACACUCACAGCUGCUCUGGCUGGUACAAGUGCUGAGGGAGAAGAAGGUGACGAGGAGGCACAACGCCUUGCUGACGAAAAGGCCAUUGCGGAUGCUGAGGCCGAUUUGUCCGAUGUGGGUGAGAGUGAGGAGGAUCUCCCAAAGUCCUCGUCACAUGGCCAAAGUAAAGAUACCAACAGUUCGAACAGAAUGGAGUCGCUGCUUCGUUCGUAUGGUAUUGAUGUAUCGAGCGAGGCCGUGCACCACCUCACCGAGACGCUGCGUGAUCCCAAUAUGUCUGUCUCUGAACUAACCGAGCAUAGUAAGGACAAAGGUCCGAAUGACUCGGUCCAAGAUGGAACGCCUGUGGUGCCGUCUGCAACCGACGAGUCGACUGCUGUGCCCGACACAUCGACGGAUCUUUCGCUACUCGACCCUAACGCAUCGGAUGCAGACAAGAAUCAGUCGAUCCAGACACAGCUGGAAGCGCUAAUUGCGAGUCUGGCUGCUGAGAAUGAGGAGUCAUAA